AUGACAUCAAAAUCAAGAAUUAAAAAAUUAGUUAAUCUUGCAAUUUAUAAUAACACAAGUUUGAAAGACCCUGAGCCUGUUAGUUAUGAAGAUUUAAUAAAUUCUGCUGAAGUUGUAUUUGAAGAUAAUUAUAUACCUUUAGAAGUAACUACUGUACAAAAUAAUAAUGAAAAUGAAUCCAUAGAAUAUGAUGGCAAUACGUUUAUUGAAAACUUACCUGUAGAAAAAUAUUACAACAAUGUUGAAAUCCAGAGUUCUGAAAAUACAUUAUCAUUAGAAAGUGAAAUAAUUUGUCUUAAUGAUAUAGAAACUAAUAUCAAUGAACUUAUUACAAAUGAUUUUUCUGAUGUUCAAGAAAAUAGUAAUUUAGAUCAUUGUGCUGAAAUUAAUUCCAAUUCAGGUAAAAUUAAAAGAAAACGAAAUGUAUAUCCAGACAGUACUAAAUGGAAAAGAGAAACAAAUAAAAAAUUAAGAAUGAAAGGAGAGGCAUAUAUAGGGUUCAGUCGUACAGGAAAUGUUGUACAACAAAAUAUAUCUAGGUCUGAACGUUCUUUAUUGGAUACUUGCUCAUCUAAUGUUUGCUUAAAAUCCAAAAAACGAUUUUGUAGUGAUUUUACUGAGGAACAAAGACAAAAUAUUUUUGAUCAUUUUUGGAACGCUUCAUGGGAAGAAAAAGAAACAUUUGUAUUAGGAACAGCUUUGGUAACAGAGGUUAAAAGAAAAACAACUGAAGAAAAUACAAGAAGAUCUAAAACUUAUAAUUAUCACCUUAGGUAUAAAGAUAGUCUGCCUAUUCAAGUUUGUAAGAAAAUGUACCUAAAUACAUUAUGCUUAAAAGAAUGGAUGGUAUUAAACUGGGUAAAAAAAAGUGAGCACGGUAUUCCAAAACAAAACCAACUUAUUUCUAUUGAAGAGCCAGACACAAAUAAUGAGUCUCCUACACAGUAUAGAUCAGUUCAAAGUAUUUCAAGAAGACUAUCUUAUGCUAAUAAAUUAGAUUAUCUUAAGAAUUGGUUUGAUAGUUUACCAAAACUUCCCUCCCAUUAUUGUCGUAAAAGAACAGAACGAAUUUAUUUUGAAGGGCCAUUCAAAGAUGUGCAAGCAAUAUAUAAUUUAUACACAGAAAAAUGUAUUUCAGAUAAAUUAGCUCCAUUUAGCAAAGCUUUUUUUGUCAAGUAUAAAAAAGAAAAUAAGUUUUCAAUAUUUAAACCUAGAAAGGACAAAUGCGAUAUGUGUGCUUCGUAUGAAGUUGGCCAAGUCUCAGAAAAUAAAAUGGCUGUACACAUAGCUCAUAAAGAUCGUGCUCGGGCUGAGAAAGAAUUUGAUAAACAACUUUCCAAAGAAAAUAGGGCUCAUGUAUUUACAAUGGACAUGCAAGCAGUUAAAUUAUGCCCAUAUCUUCAAGCUAGUGCAUUAUAUUAUAGCAUGAAAUUAAAAGUACACAACCUAACUAUAUACAAUAUUGGCAAUGCUGAAUGCCACAACUAUUGGUGGUAUGAGACUGAAGGAAACCUAGAAGCAUCCGUCUUCACCACAAUACUCAUUAAACAUCUUGAGAAGGUUUGCCUUGACCAAAAACCAAUAGUUGUGUAUACAGAUGGGUGUGGAUACCAAAACAGAAAUGUAGUACUUUCCAAUGGCCUAUUAAAAUACUCUAUGAAAUAUAAGGUAAGUGUAACACAAAAAUAUCUAAUAAAGGGACAUACACAGAUGGAAGUUGACAGUGUCCAUAGUCUAAUUGAGCGAAGUUGUAAAGAAAAAGAUAUAUUUUUACCCACAGACUAUGUGAGAUACACUAUCAAUGCAAGAAAGUAUCCAACUCCACUUAAUGCUCAAUUGCUCACACAUACUUUCUUUCAUGACUAUAAAAAAAACCUUAUUUAUAAUUCCAUUAGGCCUGGGAAGACUGUGGGGGAUCCUGAGUGUAAGGAUUUAAGAGGACUGAUGUAUGAUCCCUCAGGAAUUAUAUAUUAUAAAUUAACAUUUGAUGAUCCUUGGGCUGAGUUACCCCAACGCACAACAAGAAACAAGGCUGUCCUUGCUGAAGAAGCACCACUACAGCCAUUAUACACAGGACCACUAAAACUUACUAGAAGUAAAUGGAACGAUUUACAAAAGUUGAAAAAAGUUUUGCCUGUGGAUGUGCACCCUUUUUAUGACACAUUGCCAUAUGAAUCUGCUUUCAAAGAAAGAAACCAGAAAAUGUGA